GCAAUGCAGCGCUGCUUUUGCCAGGCAAGCCAUACGGGCGCCUUUCGAAUAGCACAGCUAGAGCUGCGCUUUCGUCAGACCUCUGUUUGGCCUGUCGUGGAGAGCAGCGCAAGCUCCGCCGACAUGCCUUGCGCUCUUCCUCGAGCUCAGCUCAAAAAUUUGCAAAGGAACUCGGGUGCACAACUUGUCUAUGGCGGAAGACCAAAUCCUCAUCCUGAGGAAGAGCUAGACACUCUGCGCGGUCUCCACGCUCGAGUCUGUGCCUACUAGCCGUGGCGACUCGAGUACUACAGUACCUGCCGACAUGCAUGCAAAUAUCUACAGACAGGAUUGCGCUACAUAGUGUCUUUGCGUGAACGUGCGCCCUGCUGGGCUCGAUGAAGCAUGUCGUCGACCGAGCCAGUGGCUGCACACAUGUCGUGGAAGAUCGAGUUCUUGUCCUGCAAGAGCUUCAGGGGCGACUCCCAUUCAGCCACCGUACCUCCCUCUUUCAUGACAAGCAC